AUGUUCGACAGCUUUGCUUGGCAGACCGAAAUUCAAGACCCUGAUAGAGAAACUAUUCAGCUCGAGGUCGCGCGGCGUCUUUAUUUCGACGGCUUGAGCUUUCGCGAUAUUGACAAAUUGAAGAUACUAACUACUUCUCUGCGGAUCGACGAGUCCGCUGGCCUGAUAUGGAGUGCAUCCCAACGUGACCUUCUCUUAUGGCCCGGGUCCCAAAUGACGGCACUCCCAGCACUACCCACUAAAUUCGUAAAUCCAAGGCUCAAUAUACACGAGAAUGUCAUGAAAGAUCGACUCACUUUUUGCCCAAAUUUGAAUUGCCUUUCUUCGAGAUGCCACAUCCAUAAAGAAGCGAUCCCAAUUGAACUUCCCAAGCCAACCGUGACCAAUGUUAUGAUCAAGGAUUCGGUCGGGGAACCUUGCGAUCGGGAUUGUUUUAGGACCUACGACUUGGAUUACUUCAUCGAAGACAAUAAAUGGGAUGAUGAAGCUAUUUCUCUCUUUAAUUCGAUCAUCAAGCUCGUACCGGAUGCUGAGCCUUGCGAUCUGGCUGUCCUCUGUAGGAUGCCAUGCAUCGAGAUGUACGUCCAACGCUCGAAAACAUUUUCUGACGUGGAAAUCCAAGAGAAUCUCCGUGCAUCCAACGACGAUAUCCAGCCUCGGGCGCUUGACAUCGUAUUUGAGGAAGACUGUCAAGCAAACCCAGAAGACUGGCAACCUCCAGUACCACCGUGCAAUCACGCGGGCGCUUGCAGUCAAUCCGCUAACUGCGCUUGCUACAAUGACCGCAAGCGAUGUCGGCGCAAUUGUCGAUGUUCUGAAACUUGCGCUUUACGCGCCAAGGGAUGCAAGUGCGGUUCAUCCAAAAAGGGAAAGACGUGCAGCGAAGAUUCAAACUGUCCCUGCCGACGCGCGCAUAGAGAAUGCGACCCUGAGCUUUGCAUAAGCUGCGACGCAAGGUGCUCUAAGAGAGGACGGAGGUGUCAAAACAACCAGAUCCAGCAAGCCCGAUAUCUCCCCAUCCGCGUCUCGACAGGCAUGUUCGGCCUCGGUGCAUUUGCGGAAACGGAUAUACCUGCACACAAGUACAUCGGAGAAUAUUUCGGCGAGAUAUUUUCGGAGCAGGAUUCCAUGGAUUUUAUCACUCAGGUCCAGAAGCACACUGGAUUAAACUAUGCCUUUUCAUUGGCUCGAGGCGUCCAGCUCGACUCGUACACAGUUGGAAACGAGAUGAGGUACCUCAACCAUUCCUCUAUCCCAAACUGCCGCGCGAGGAUUAUAUGCGUCAACGGAGACCCGAGAAUCGUCUUAGAGACAGAGCAAGACGUCAAGGAAGGACAGGAACUAUUCCUCGAUUAUGGCCCUCUUUAUUGGAGCCAGGGUGCACCAGCCCACGAUGACGACGACCGCGAGUGA